AUGGCUGGUGUCGUUGCUAUGGCAUCUGUCAUUGAAGAUUUUGAGACUCAGGUAUGUCCAACCAAAUUCUGUCUACACUAGCCUGUGUCAACGCAUUGGAUAUCUGUAUUUAAUUGCAUAGUUUUAAUAAUUUAGAGAGUAAUCAUCUCGCCAUGUUUUACAGCCAUGCAAGAAAUCACGCAAAGAUGCCCAUGCUCCUCCUGUCAUGACGAUCACAAACUACUUCUCCCCCGUUCCCAAGCCCAUGGAGAAACCCUUCUCCCCACCCAGGUCCAACAACAUCAUGGAUUACUUCAGCCGGAAGACUACACCAGUUAGAGAGAAAGGGAGUACCCCAGAGCAGACUAAGGAGAACCACCUGGGGCCCCAGCCCUCUGAAUCACCAGCCAGCGUAGACAGCCCUGUGAGACGGCCAGCCAUGCCCCCUCAGAAACGGGGCAGGAAGCCCAGCAAAGUUGCCCGGCAGUUACAGGAGACGGAUGCUGAUGCAGGCUUCACUGAGACGGAGGAGUGUGUGGUCUUAGAGGGGCCAGGAGAUGGUGAGGGGUCAGAGGACAACGUAGUGAGCAGCAGCUGUGGCAUCCUGGGUAGUGACACAGCUGCCCUGCUGGCCCAGUUCAGUGCUGAUGCUGGAGACACCUCUGGUGAGAAUGGCCCUGGGGCGGUAUGUCCUGAGAAGGCUCAAAAAGACAAACAUCCCAAGGUGGACUCCAAAAAAAGGGCUCCUGUAAAGAAAAAGGAAAGUCGCGACGGUUCUCCUAAAAUACCUCGAAAAGACAAGGUGAAAUGGAACCAACCUACUGCAGAAAAGAGAACUGUCAGUAAGGCUAAUGCCAAGCAGCAGCAGGAGGAUAAGGAAAUGGAGGAGUAUGUGCCCGAGUUCCAGGAGGCUGAGCUGUCUUUGUGUGAUGCAAGCAUAGAGGUGAACGUGGGUGAGGCGUCUCAGUUGAACGGAAGCACCGUCACCAUCUCCUUUGAGGACUUCCUACAGACUCAGGGCCAGGGAGAGGAGAAGGUGGGAGGAGGAAAGCAGAGUCGACACAGAGCCAGAAGACACGUUGGAUGUACCCAAAGCCAAUGAGCCGUGUCCCCUGCAGAUAUCCCCUCGAACCCUCACCAUCCAAGCUGAGGUGCACACCAUUUCCCCCGGCCACGAGCCAGUCCUUGUUGCAGAGAAAAAGAUGGCCUCCAUCUUCUCCAGGGGAAAAGAGGAGGGGAGCCCAGCAGCUGUAGAGGUGAAGACCGCUUCCUCUCCUCGUCCCCAGUCUAGACCGGAGCUGCUGCCUGCCCACAAACGGAAGUCCAAUGUGGUCCUGCAGGAGGAGGACCUGGAGCUCAGUGUCGUCGAGUCUGAAUCAUCCACUCCCAAGUGCAGCCAGACUGAGCGGAAGCAGUUCAUGAGCGCUUUCAAGCAGCCAGCCAAGCCCGGUAUGGGCCCUGGGAAGCAGCCUGUGGACAAGGCCUCGGGGGAGUCUGCUGAGGAGGAGAAACACUCUACUGCCCCAACAUGAGGAGCAGCCAGGUAAAAAGGCAGCUAAGAAGAAACCUCAGAGACGAGGGAGGAAGAAGGCCCUGGAGGAGGAGUCAGUUCCCUCACCUGCAGCACAAGAAAACCAUGUUCCCAUGGAGACUGACACUAUGGAGACUGAUGCUAAACCCAAAGCAGAGUCUACCACUGAUGCUAAACCUGAAGCAGAGCCCACCACCUCCACACCAACAACAGUCAGGAGGUCCACCAGAGAAGCCCCUCGCAGGCAGACACCUGUUGUUGAUCUAGUAACCCCAGUGAGGAAAACAAUAAAAGAAAGGGUGAAAGAUGUUGCAGCAGUCACCGAGGACUGCCCGGUCCAGAUGUCCACCCCAAAGUCAGACAAGUCAAGACACAGGGUGUUCAGAGCACAGAUGGUCUGUCCACCAGACAAGAUAGGAAGUCCCAUCAGGUGAGGGAUGGCCAAGAUAUCUUUAAGCAUAGUUUUUAAUUGUCUAGCUUGUGCAUCCUGUUGGUCAGUAACAGAGGCAAUAUGUUUGGACAUAGAUUGACUCAUCCACAAUGGAGGCCUGUCCCAAGUCUGGACACUGUCUUAAAGGCAGGACAAUACAUUACUACAGACACAGCAGUGCUUUAGCUUCAUGCUGACUUUUUGUAAUAUCUAGUUUUUCAUUUUAUUUGUUUGAAAAUGUUAAUUUUGGGCCAUUUGGUUUGUUUUUUCUGUUUUGACUACCUUUGCAUAAACAAUGUUAUAAUUUGAUUGUUACCUUGAACAUUCAGGAUGAAAUUGACCAGAGUCUUCCUAUGCUCUGCAUCAAAAUCUGAGGGUGGAAGUGAUUUUGAAAUCCUGAGUCCCCUACCUACUAAGGUAAUUAUAGCCUCGGUUUUUAUCAGGUAGAAUAUUAAACAGAUGUUUUGAAUUAGCAGCUAUAAUUCAGCACACACUUAACUUUCACUUGUAUUUUUUCUUCUUAAACCCAUUUGAAUCCUCUUGUUCAGGAAUCCAAUGCAUCCAAGAAGAGAAAAAAGGCGAAGAAGUUGGUGGAGAAAGCCCGGGCGAUACAGCAGAGUAAAAAGGCUGCAGCCGAUAAGGAGGGUCAGAGCUCCUUACGACGCUCCUCCCGGUGCCAGGUCUCCGUCAAGAAGAGCUACAAUGAAGAUGAGGUACACUACAGUCCGACAGUCCUAAUUACAUUUCAAUUAAAUGAUUGUAGGUUGUAGGUUUUUCCUUACUUGGGAGAUGAUGUUCUACUCUCACUCAGUGUGUACUGUGUAGCCUACUGUACAAUUCAUGCUCGAUUGAUAGCAUGGGUUUUUAUUUGUGUCAUAUUAAAGAUGAUGCAUGUAGUUUUCAAUCCACCUGACUAUCUUGUUUCCUGUCCAUUUCUCCAACUGUGAGAUGAAGCACAAGUACAGAAAGGAUUUGUUUCAUAGAUAACCCGCUAACCCUUUAUUUUUGCGAACCACUGUUUGUGCAGGACUCAGUGGUUUGUGUGGAGGAUAGCCAGGAUGUCUCUGCUCCGGCUGCCGAGGAGAAGGGCAAGGCUCAGAAACGCAGUCUAAAUGAUGUAUUGGGGAAAAAAGCACCUGCCAUCAAAGAGUCCAAGAAUCCAGCAGGUACUUUAACACUGUUGUUGACAUAAAAAGUCGUAACAUGGUUAUAGACAUGUUUCGUUAAAAAAUCAAAUUGUGCUCACCCUGAAAUGUUCUGCUACAGUAAUUUAUUUGAAAGUGAAUUUAUUUACAAAGCCUGGAGGUGAAGGGGACGUGUUUUAUUUGUGUAGUGUGUCAAGGUGAAAGCCGUGCUUUUGUAAUGAUUGUUAAUUAAUCAUUUAAUUGUUUAAAGCAUUACGUUUCUUAAAUGUAAUUUGUGUUUUGUGCACAUAUACUUGAUGAAAUCUUGUCUUAUACGGGCUGGGCACCAAUUGGUACAGUUGAAGUCGGAAGUUUACAUACACUUAGGUUGGAGUCAUUAAAACUCAUUUUUCAACCACUCCACACAUUUCUUGUUAACAAACUAUAGUUUUGGCAAGUCGGUUAGGACAUCUACUUUGUGCAUGACACAAGUAAUUUUUCCAACAAUUGUUUACAGACAGAUUAUUUCACUUAUAAUUCACUGUAUCACAAUUCCAGUGGGUCAGACGUUUACAUACACUAAGUAACUGUGCCUUUAAACAGCUUGGAAAAUUCCAGAAAAUGAUGUCUUGGCUUUAGAAGCUUCUGAUAGGCUAAUUGACAUCAUUUGAGUCAAUUGGAGGUGUACCUGUGGAUGUAUUUCAAGGCCUACCUUCAAACUCAGUGCCUCUUUGCUUGACAUCAUGGGAAAAUCAAAAGAAAUCAGCCAAGACCUCAGAAAAAAAAUGGUAGACCUCUACAAGUCUGGUUCAUCCUUGGGAGCAAUUUCCAAAUGCCUGAAGGUACCACGUUCAUCUGUACAAACAAUAGUACGCAAGUAUAAACACCAUGGGACCACGCAGCCGUCAUACCGCUCAGGAAGGAGACGCGUUCUGUCUCCUAGAGAUGAACGUACUUUGGUGCGAAAAGUGCAAAUCAAUCCCAGAACAACAGCAAAGGACCUUGUGAAGAUGCUGGAGGAAUCAGGUACAAAAGUAUCUAUAUCCACAGUAAAACGAGUCCUAUAUCGACAUAACCUGAAAGGACACUCAGCAAGGAAGAAGCCACUGCUCCAAAACCACCAUAAAAAGCCAGACUACGGAUUGCAACUGCACAUGGGGACAAAUAUCAUACUUUUUGGAGAAAUGUCCUCUGGUCUGAUGAAACAAAAAUAGAACUGUUUGGCCAUAAUGACCGUCGUUAUGUUUGGAGGAAGAAGGGGGAGGCUUUCAAGCCGAAGAACACCAUCCCAACCGUGAAGCACGGGGUGGCAGCAUCAUGCUGUAGGGGUGCUUUGCUGCAGGAGGGACUGGUGCACUUCACAAAAUAGAUGGCAUCAUGAGGAAGGAAAAUUGUGGAUAUACAGUGAGGGGAAAAAAGUAUUUGAUCCCCUGCUGAUUUUGUAUGUUUGCCCACUGACAAAUAAAUGAUCAGUCUAUAAUUUUAAUGGUAGGUUUAUUUGAACAGUGAGAGACAGAAUAAAACACAAAAUUCCAGAAAAACGCAUGUCAAAAAUGUUAUAAAUUGAUUUGCAUUUUAAUGAGGGUAAUAAGUAUUUGACCCCCUCUCAAUCAGAAAGAUUUCUGGCUCCCAGGUGUCUUUUAUACAGGUAACGAGCUGAGAUUAGGAGCACACUCUUAAAGGGAGUGCUCCUAAUCUCAGCUUGUUACCUGUAUAAAAGACACCUGUCCACAGAAGCAAUCAAUCAAUCAGAUUCCAAACUCUCCACCAUGGCCAAGACCAAAGAGCUCUCCAAGGAUGUCAGGGACAAGAUUGUAGACCUACACAAGGCUGGAAUGGGCUACAAGACCAUCGCCAAGCAGCUUGGUGAGAAGGUGACAACAGUUGGUGCGAUUAUUCGCAAAUGGAAGAAACACAAAAUAACUGUCAAUCUCCCUCGGCCUGGGGCUCCAUGCAAGAUCUCACCUCGUGGAGUUGCAAUGAUCAUGAGAACGGUGAGGAAUCAGCCCAGAACUACACGGGAGGAUCUUGUCAAUGAUCUCAAGGCAGCUGGGACCAUAGUCACCAAGAAAACAAUUGGUAACACACUACGCCGUGAAGGACUGAAAUCCUGCAGCGCCCGCAAGGUCCCCCUGCUCAAGAAACCACAUAUACAGGGCCGUCUGAAGUUUGCCAAGGAACAUCUGAAUGAUUCAGAGGAGAACUGGGUGAAAGUGUUGUGGUCAGAUGAGACCAAAAUCGAGCUCUUUGGCAUCAACUCAACUCGCCGUGUUUGGAGGAGGAGGAAUGCUGCAUAUGACCCCAAGAACACCAUCCCCACCGUCAAACAUGGAGGUGGAAACAUUAUGCUUUGGGGGUGUUUUUCUGCUAAGGGGACAGGACAACUUCACCGCAUCAAAGGGACGAUGGACGGGGCCAUGUACCGUCAAAUCUUGGGUGAGAACCUCCUUCCCUCAGCCAGGGCAUUGAAAAUGGGUCGUGGAUGGGUAUUCCAGCAUGACAAUGACCCAAAACACACAGCCAAGGCAACAAAGGAGUGACUCAAGAAGAUGCACAUUAAGGUCCUGGAGUGGCCUAGCCAGUCUCCAGACCUUAAUCCCAUAGAAAUCUGUGGAGGGAGCUGAAGGUUUGAGUUGCCAAACGUCAGCCUCGAAACCUUAAUGACUUGGAGAAGAUCUGCAAAGAGGAGUGGGACAAAAUCCCUCCUGAGAUGUGUGCAAACCUGGUGGCCAACUACAAGAAACAUCUGACCUCUGAUUGCCAACAAAGGUUUUGCCACCAAGUACUAAGUCAUGUUUUGCAGAGGGGUCAAAUACUUAUUUCCCUCAUUAAAAUGCAAAUCAAUUUAUAACAUUUUUGACAUGCAUUUUUCUGGAUUUAUUUGUUAUUCUGUCCCUCACUGUUCAAAUAAACCUACCAUUAAAAUGAUAGACUGAUCAUGUCUUUGUCAGUGGGCAAACAUACAAAAUCAGCAGGGGAUCAAAUACUUUUUUCCCUCACUGUAUAUACACACACACACACAAAUAUGUAUGUAUAGAAGGACACUAACAUUAAUGUUUUAUUGUGGGGUUUUUUUACCUUCCAAAGUGGCUCCCAUGUUCCUUGGGAAGAAAGCACAGAGGACAUCAGUCAUAUCCAUCUUUGAUGACAGCAGGUAAGCUUAUUACAGACUUGCAGCUUAUUACCAUAACACUGGUUGGUCUCUAUUCUAAAUUUUAGCAGACCUCAACAAGACCUUACACCCCUAUUGUGCCUCUAACCCAUUCUAGCCGUGAUGGUUCAGAGAACUCUCAGGAUGACGAACAGUUCCGAGCCCGCAGGGAGUUCCUGAAGAGUGGCCUCCCAGAGUCCUUCAAGAAGCAGGUAGCCAAAACUGCUGCCACCAAGGAGGCCUAUGCUGUCUCCUGCUCCUCCUUCCAGCCUGUAGUGCACGUGCUGCAGACGUCACAGGGUACGUUGUUCUCCUUGCUAGCUCUGUCCCUUCCAUCCAAAUUGUCUUAUUAGUUGUAUAAUGCAUAAAGGGUGCCACACACUGAUGUUUAGAUUUUUUGAAUGGCCAUUUUACUAACAUAAAUCUUAAGCAACUGAUAGAUAAUGAGUGUGCACUGCACUGAGAUUUUUAUUAAAUAAUUUGUGUGCCAUAACCUGGAUUUGAACCGGCAACCUUUGCCUUUUCAGCGUGCCUCCUGUUCAAAGUGUUCCCUCUGUGUUCUCCAUCUAAUAAAUUUUUAUUUGACAGACUGUCCUCUCUGGAGUCUACCAUGGCCUGUUUCUCCUCGCUUACACUUCCUGAAGGAGCUUUGCUGUCUACCAUCAAACCAGCUUCCAUCCCUCGAUAGUUCCACUUGCUUUAAGACUGAGCCAGCCUCCAGAGCCCACACUGAAAGGGUAUGUUGUAAUAUUAUUUUACACAUUUCAUAAUUCACUGGUAAUAAUCCAUGUAAUACAGUGGGGGAAAAAAGUAUUUAGUCAGCCACCAAUUGUGCAAGUUCUCCCACUUAAAAAGAUGAGAGAGGCCUGUAAUUUUCAUCAUACGUACAUGUCAACUAUGACAGACAAAUUGAGAGAAAAAAAUCCAGAAAAUCACAUUGUAGGAUUUUUAUAGAAUUUAUUUGCAAAUUAUGGUGGAAAAUAAGUAUUUGGUCACCUACAAACAAGCAAGAUUUCUGUCUCUCACAGACCUGUAACUUCUUCUUUAAGAGGCUCCUCUGUCCUCCACUCGUUACCUGUAUUAAUGGCACCUGUUUGAACUUGUUAUCAGUAUAAAAGACACCUGUCCACAACCUCAAACAGUCACACUCCAAACUCCACUAUGGCCAAGACCAAAGAGCUGUCAAAGGACACCAGAAACAAAAUUGUAGACCUGCACCAGGCUGGGAAGACUGAAUCUGCAAUAGGUAAGCAGCUUGGUUUGAAGAAAUCAACUGUGGGAGCAAUUAUUAGGAAAUGGAAGACAUACAAGACCACUGAUAAUCUCCCUUGAUCUGGGGCUCCAAGCAAGAUCUCACCCCGUGGGGUCAAAAUGAUCACAAGAACGGUGAGCAAAAAUCCCAGAACCACACGGGGGGACCUAGUGAAUGACCUGCAGAGAGCUGGGACCAAAGUAACAAAGCCUACCAUCAGUAACACACUACGCCGCCAGGGACUCAAAUCCUGCAGUGCCAGACGUGUCCCCCUGCUUAAGCCAGUACAUGUCCAGGCCCGUCUGAAGUUUGCUAGAGUGCAUUUGGAUGAUCCAGAAGAGGAUUGGGAGAAUGUCAUAUGGUCAGAUGAAACCAAAAUAGAACUUUUUGGUAAAAACUCAACUCGUCGUGUUUGGAGGACAAAGAAUGCUGAGUUGCAUCCAAAGAACACCAUAUCUACUGUGAAGCAUGGGGGUGGAAACAUCAUUCUUUGGGGCUGUUUUUCUGCAAAGGGACCAGGACGACUGAUCCGUGUAAAGGAAAGAAUGAAUGGGGCCAUGUAUCGUGAGAUUUUAAAGUGAAAACCUCCUUCCAUCAGCAAGGGCAUUGAAGAUGAAACGUGGCUGGGUCUUUCAGCAUGACAAUGAUCCCAAACACACCGCCCGGGCAAUGAAGGAGUGGCUUCGUAAGAAGCAUUUCAAGGUCCUGGAGUGGCCUAGCCAGUCUCCAGAUCUCAACCCCAUAGAAAAUCUUUGGAGGGAGUUGAAAGUCUGUGUUGCCCAGCGACAGCCCCAAAACAUCACUGCUCUAGAGGAGAUCUGCAUGGAGGAAUGGGCCAAAAUACCAGCAACAGUGUGUGAAACCUUGUGAAGACUUACAGAAAACGUUUGACCUGUGUCAUUGCCAACAAAGGGUAUAUAACAAAGUAUUGAGAAACUUUUGUUAUUGACCAAAUACUUAUUUUCCACCAUAAUUUGCAAAUCAAUUCAUUAAAAAUCCUACAAUGUGAUUUUCUGGAGAAAAACAUUCUCAUUUUGUCUGUCAUAGUUGAUGUGUGCCUAUGAUGAAAAUUACAGGCCUCUCUCAUCUUUUUAAGUGGGAGAACUUGCACAAUUGGUGGCUGACUAAAUACUUUUUCCCCCACUGUAUUUACUGGUGUAGUUUUGUUUGAGUUAAUCAACUUUAGAUAAUUGAAUAAUCUGUUCUGAACAGGGGUCUGGCUGGCGAGAAGAUUUCUCUGAGCCCGUUCGUAAGCUCCUAAUGGGGGAGAUCAGUGCAUCCAACCCUCCUUUCCCCGUCCAGCGGUUCCUCACACGCUUCCUGACGAGGCGGACGGACCACCUCCAGCAAUGCACAGCUUCAGAGGCAGACCCCGGCAACAAACUCCCCAGCAGUGCCCCAGCAUCGACAGAGCCUGUUGGGGGGAAGAGGAAGAGAGUGGAAGAGGGUGAGGGGGCCGUGGGAAAGGUGGCCAAGAAGCAGAGGUCCAGGAGGUCAGAGGAGGAGAAGAUAAUUGUGAUCGACGGGGACACCAUCUCCCCCGAACCUGAGCCACCCAGGAGGGGAGGGCGAGGGAGGAGGCGCAAGCAGCAGGAGAAUGAGAUGAAAACACCACUCCCCUCCCAAAAGGACCCUGUGGUACUCCUGGAGGACUCUCCACUGGCUUGGUAACUCUGUCAAAGAUGGUAAGAGGGCAAAUAAGAAAUGUAGUUCUCUGUAAAACCUCUUAUCUUGCAGUAUCAGUGGUAGCCAAAACAUGGCCUUUCAGUUAGACGUUUAAAUGUGCUUCCUUCCCCUUUUCAUGAGAUUACACAAUCAAUUUUUGAAUAGUCUCUAGUAACUGCCUUUUUAUUCCACCAGACUCUGUAAAAGAGGAUGUGUUGUGGACAGAGAAGUACCAACCACAGCACUCCAAUGACAUCAUAGGCAACACUGCCUCAGUGAGGAGGCUGCACAGGUAAGGGACUGUGGUGUAUCUACAGAAUGAGUCAACUGAAUAGCUCAGUAGCUAGGUGUACUAGGCAUACUGCUGACUCUACACAGGUAUUACAGAUAUACAGUGCAUGGCCAAAAGUAUGUGAACACCUGCUUGUCGAACAUCUCGUUCCAAAAUCAUGGGCAUUAAUAUGGAGUUGGUCCCACCUUUUGCUGCUAUAACAGCCUCCACUCUUCUGGAAAGGCUUUCCACUAGAUGUUGGAACAUUGCUGCGGGGAUUUGCUUCCAUUCAAUCACAAGCAUUAGUGAGGUCGGGCACUGAUGUUGGGUGAUUAGGCCUGGCUCGCAGUCGGCAUUCCAAUUAAUCCCAAAGUUCUUCCAUGUCGAUCUUGACAAACCAUUUCCGUAUGGACCUCACUUUGUGCACGGGGGCAUGGUCAUGCUGAAACAGGGAAGCGCCUUCCACAAAGUUGGAAGCACAGAAUUGUCUAGAGACGUUUCCAAUUCACAAUAACAGCACUUAAAGUUGACUGGGGCAGCUCUAGCAGGGCAGAAAUUUAACGAACUGACUUGUUGGAAAGGUGGCAUCCUAUGGCAGUGCCACGUUGAAAGUCACUGAGCUCUUCAGUACGGGCCAUUAUACUGCCAAUGUUUGUCUAUGGAGAUUGCAUGGCUGUGUGUUCGAUUUUAUACACCUGUCAGCAACAGGUGAGGCUGAAAUAGCCGAAUCCACUAAUUUGAAGGGGUGUCCACAUACUUAGUGUAUGAAUCAAUAGCUUUAUGAGCUUGAUUGAAAGCCCUUGUGUGUUAGGUGCCAUUAAUUCAAUUAAUUUGUCAAGUAAUUUUGCAUAAACCGAUCCGUUUGCAGUUGGCUGAGGGAAUGGAAGCUCAGAGCUGACCGGGAAGAGAGGAAAAAACGGAAGGAAAAGAAACAGGAGGAUGACAGCAAUGGUAAGAGACAGUCACCUUGCAAAAAAUGGUGGAGCCCUCUCUUCUAAGAUUUUGAUCUUGUAUUUUCAGUUAGGACUGUGACUGUUUGAGUACAAACAAAUGUUUCCCUCCUUUGAAAUAGUUACAUCGUCCUACGUAAAAGUAACUUUUUUUCGAAGUUACCACAGAGUAAACCUAAAGCAGCCUGAUGUUCCCCUCUUGGCCACACAGACUCAUGGGACACUGAAGACGGGGACUCUCAGGAGGGGGAAGACUUUAUGUGUAACACCCUGCUGAUCACUGGUCCCACGGGGGUGGGCAAGACCGCUGCCGUCUACGCCUGCGCCCAGGAACUCGGCUUUUAAGGUCUGUUCACUCUUUACUCCACUUGCCUAACACAGCGGUCACCA